CGGAGAGACUCUGCAGCUUAGCUGGGGUCCCCUGCUUGGAUCCGACUUUCUGAAGUAAAGGGAGAAGCUCGAGGUCGCAAAGACGCCGGGAUAGUGGACAAAUACUGUUUCGGUUUGGGAAGGAUUAACCUGGUUUCCUUAACAGACGCAUCAAGACUUAAUCCAGGCAAAGAUGAAGACGCUGCGCCGGAGGGCAUCUCAUGCCAGGAGCGAAAAUUCAGACUUCACGGAGAAGGAAAAGGAGAUGAUGGCAGAAGCCGAACUGAGGAAGCUGCAGCAACAGUUUCGGAUCAUGGUGGAGAGCCGCAAGUCCCUUGGUUUCAAAACGCAGCAGCAAUUGUUCCAUCAGGAAAGACACAUCCAGGCCUUGAAACAAGAAUACGAUGAGAUUAAUUUGCUGCUGACUCUCACCAAAUCACCCCGCAACCUUUACAUAGAUGACCGGAACUUCAUGGAGCUCAGAUUCCUUCUGCAGACCAGAGAUGAGUACGAUGCUCUGAUCAGAGCCACCAAGAAUUUGAUCGCAGAACUUGAUGACAAGGUAGAAGAGGUGGAAAAAAAGAUUAAAACCCAAAAAAAUCUGAUGGUCAAGCUGAGGCAGGAGUAUGAUGGGAAGUGGCUUCAGAAGCAAAUCCACAAGCUGGAUAACCAACUCAAUCAUGCCACGGUACAUUUUGACACGAUCUUGACCAGAAAUGCCAUGCUCCGUGAAGAAAUAGAAACGCUGCAGUGCCAGAAGACGAUCUUUGAAGGCAUCUACUCACGGCUUCACAAGAAGCUUGAGCAGCAAAAGAAGACCAUGAAUACAUCCAUUGAGCAGUCUACACAAGCCUACGAGCAGAGGGUUGAAGCCUUGGCAAGGAUCUCUGCCAUGAAUGAACGGCGGUCCAAGGAUAUUGCCCAGUUCAACAUUGAGUUUCGGGAGCUGGAGCGAAUCUAUAACCACGAGACCAAGCUAAAAGCAUUUAUGCUCAUCAAACUGGUGGAUCGCUCUGAAAUUGAGGAACAGGCCAAAAAGGAAGAAGCGCUCAAGGCAAGGAAGCGGGCCAAGUCGAAAGGGGAGAGCUUUGAGAGCUACGAGGUAGCUUACAUGCGACUGCUGAAACUGACGGAAAACGGGAACAUUGGGCAGCUGGUGGAGGACUUCCUGGAGAAGGAAGAGAAGAACUUCGCCUACUUCAGCUACGUCACCGAACUGAACAAUGACAUGGAAAGACUGCAGAAGAGGAUUGAGGUCAUCCAGAAUGAAAUUAGCCAGCUGAAAUCCCAGCAGAAGGCAGCUGAAGUUGCAGUUCAUGGCAGUCUGAAAAGCAUGGAGGAAAAACUGCAGAAGACCACCGAAAACGCCAAUCUCUAUGCGUACAGUCUGAAAGAGAGCAGCAAAAUCUUGGACCAGCUGAAAUCCGCAGUCGAUUUUCUGUUCAAGAAGAUCGGCUGCGACGCCACCAAGAUUACACAGCAUCUGGGAGAGACUGGAGAGAUCACCGAUCAGAAUUUGAUGCAGUAUUUCAGCUUAGUAGAAAAGAAAAGCAACGACCUUUUGCUGAUUGAGUCCUUCCUGCGCUACAAGCAAGUCGAAGGGGAGCUGGACACCGUCCCCUUGCUGAAUCCCUUUUUGGGUGGGAGUGCUCUGCUAAAGAAAAUGGACGCCAUUAAAGUGACUCCACCUUCUCUCAGUGUGGAUCCCUUUGCAGACACGUCAGAGCCUAUGGAACCACUAGACCACAAAAAUCUGCGUGCCAUGGUCUUGGAAAACCAGGAGAAGGAAAAAGCCACAAGGAAUUCCAUCGCAGAAAGAUUGGAGAGUGGCAGAGAAAAAAAGAAAUUGUCACCGGUGUAGAGGCUAAGAAAGAAAUGGGUGGCAGGACGAGAAACCAUCUUUUCUCAUUGGCUUCUUUCAUAUACUUAGACUCAUGUAUCUUCUUUUAUAUAUACGUAUAUACCCACAGUACAAAAUGCGAUACCAAGAUGGAUUUUCUUUGCAUAGAAUAAAAAAAUUAUGAACAAAGAAAGCAUUUGUCUCUUGAAUUUCUACAGCUCGCUGUCUUGCUUGCAGUCGUCUUUUUGGUUACCCUGAAUUUCUCUGCUUGUUUUUUUUUUUUUUUGUAUGCCCUCAAAUAUCUAACUGGACUAUAUCACCCAUCAUCCUCCAGCUAUCAAAGUUUGGAAACACAGAAGUGAAAGUCUGACACAACCAGAGAAUCCCAGUUCGAUGAGGGCUGCAUUUAUGUUGCAUGAGAUUUUUGCUUUAAUCUUGUGGAAGUUAAACCAUUCUCUCACCUCUUUCCAGGAGAACAAACUGCUUGGAUGUACUUUUGUGUGAGAGGCUGCAGAACCCUUAAGAGGGCUCCUCCAGCCUCAGCAAAGGCUAUUUUCUCUCGAGCAUCCUGGAAGGGUGAAUCUCCCUCUUUGACCUUGAAAC